CUGUUUCAGCCCCGGACUGAUAUCGACGAGUUUCUUCAUCAGACAGGGAGUACCAGCAGAAGUUAUGAGAAAAUAGAAGAGGAGACUGCCGCGUCUCCGUCACGAAUACCGUACGGUCGUGCGGGACAUCCUGAUGAGAUAGCCGAAGCGAUUCUCUUCCUAGCCGACAGGCAAAGGUCGAGCUACAUUGUCGGCCACCAACUUGUGGUCGACGGUGGAUCUUCGCUACAGAUGCCAGUGAUCGCCGACGGUUUCAAAAUCUUCCUUGAUGUGCUGGGUGGUUUAGCUCCGCCAAAAGCUUGA